CUGUGCUGUCAUUAUCAAUUUCUCAACCAACAAAACAAUCAUUCACCAAGAUCACAUACUCGCCGAUAUCAACAAACUCACAUACAUCAAUUCCAAACACGAUAAAUUCCACUUCAGCGAAAGAAACAAGACAGCCACAGACAACCCCCAAACAACUGAAGUUUACUCGAGAUCCUACACUACUUCUUCAACAAGCAGCCAUGGAAAAUACGAGUAUAUCUUUAUACGAAAAUCCACCUUGA